AUGCACAAGUCUAGAGAUGAUCCUCUCAUAUUCAUUGCAAAUCCUGUUGAAGCAGACAUGCCAGGCCAUUGGGUUCCAUUAAGUAUAGUAAAAGUUAUAUUGGAGAGAAGCACCGCAAAGCAUACCCAGUACUCGUUACUUCAAACAAAAUUUACAAGCUUAAAAACGGCUCAGCCAUCGUUUAGCCCGCCGACAACUCCGUCGCCCACCUUGUCAACAACUGUCAAAGUAAAAACGACCGGAAGCACUAAAGUUUCAAUUAAGCAGCAUACCAAACUUCAAACCGAAGCACCAACUGCAGCGCCUGUCAAGCUUACCGAACCAUCGACCACUGAAGCACCUACUACACCCACCAUUGAAACACCUACUACGCCCACCACUGAAGCACCUACUACACCCACCACUGAAGCACCUACUACACCCACCACUGAAGCACCUACUACACCCACCACUGAAGCACCUACUACACUUACCACUGAAGAACCUACUACACCCACCACUGAAACACCUACUGCACUCAGCACUGAAGCAACUACUGCACCCACCACUGAAGCCACCACUGAAGGACCUACUACAUCCACCACUGAAGCACCUACUACACCCACCACUGAAGCACCUACUACACCCACCACUGAAGCACCUACUACGCCCACCACUAAAGCAACUACUACACCCACCACUGCAGCACCUGCUACACCCACCACUGCAGCACCUACUAGACCCAACACUGAAGCACCUACUACGCCUACCACUAAAACAUCUACUGAACCGGCAACACCACCCCCACCAACGAUAACGGCAAAGAACACGCACAAAAAUAUCAUAGUCAGGAGAAGCGACUAA